CAAUCCCUCGAACAAUUUGCGGAAACGGCGUACCUACCAUGCGCAGCGACAAAGACUGCGAGCCUGAAACCUAUGGGGAAGGAAUAAAAAAAGAAAUUUCGUAUCGUCGCACUCUGUGCUUAAAGACCAGUAUUUUCUGAGGAGCUCGCCGGCCUGGGGUCUCGGUAAAGACACCGAAAUUUAACCGAGGCAAGGCUGGAUUUAGAGUCGGCGUACGGCUAGUGAAUUCGCUGAAGAAGACUGUAGCAGCUGGCAGAUUUUCCGUUGGACCGUCUGUAGGCUAGGGUAGCGAGGGAGCCGCCAUGGCAGUCGGAUCAUUGAGCCUCCACAUCGGGAUAUGAAGUGGAACUGCAUGUGUCCCGAAUCGUUAAGAAAACGCCGCAUUUGUCACCGAUCCGCACCGGAUCAGCAUCUGAACUAACCCUUCUUCAUCUCCGUGAAAUCGAUUCCGCACCCCGAAAGAAAUUACCGCUGGUUUUUAACCGUGGGGCCACAGGGAGAGGCCAGAUUCAUGACUAUUUUAGUCGGAUACGUGUCUUCAAAGGCCCGCUGAAAGAAAUCCUGGAGCACAAGGAGGAAACGAUGCUCUGAUAGACCGUCGGUGGAAAAGAAAAGGGUCAUUUAGUGGCGAUACGAAGUAGUGUGAAGGAUUCCUGGGAUAAGGGGAUCUCUUUCUGGCUGACCUCCCCGUGAAUUACAGUGAUAUUAAUUUACUGUCAUCCCCCCCUCCUUUUUGGAUUUUUUAUUAUUAUUUUUUAUUUUUGAUGAGAAGGUUCGGCGAAUCGAUCAGCUCCGCCGUUUAAGCAAGUCACAGUCGAGAGAAUCAAGGGGAUCGUCGGAUCAUGUCGGGUCGGCCCAGGACCACAUCUUUCGCCGAGAGCUGCAAGCCAGUGCCGCAGCCUUCAGCUUUCGGCAGCAUGAAAGUCAGCAGGGACAAAGAUGGCAGCAAGGUAACGACAGUUGUGGCCACCCCAGGCCAAGGCCCCGACCGGCCACAGGAAGUCAGCUACACGGACACCAAGGUCAUCGGCAAUGGCUCUUUUGGCGUCGUCUACCAAGCUAAACUCUGCGACUCUGGAGAGCUGGUGGCCAUCAAGAAGGUCCUGCAAGACAAGAGGUUUAAGAAUCGUGAGCUGCAGAUCAUGAGGAAACUGGACCACUGCAACAUAGUCCGCCUGCGCUACUUCUUCUAUUCCAGUGGAGACAAGAAAGAUGAAGUGUAUCUGAAUUUGGUUCUGGAUUACGUGCCUGAGACCGUCUACAGAGUGGCCAGACACUACAGCCGAGCCAAACAGACUCUGCCUAUGGUUUAUGUGAAGUUGUAUAUGUACCAGCUCUUCAGGAGCCUGGCCUACAUUCACUCGUUUGGUAUCUGCCAUCGGGACAUCAAACCCCAGAAUCUGCUGCUGGAUCCAGAGACGGCUGUUCUCAAGCUCUGUGACUUUGGCAGCGCUAAGCAGCUGGUCCGUGGAGAGCCUAACGUGUCCUACAUCUGCUCUCGCUACUAUCGAGCCCCUGAGCUGAUCUUUGGUGCCACUGACUACACUUCCAGCAUAGAUGUGUGGUCAGCCGGCUGUGUACUGGCAGAGCUGCUCCUGGGACAGCCGAUCUUCCCUGGUGACAGCGGAGUGGACCAGUUGGUGGAAAUCAUCAAGGUUCUCGGCACCCCGACCCGAGAGCAGAUCCGUGAGAUGAACCCCAACUACACUGAAUUCAAAUUCCCCCAGAUCAAGGCACAUCCAUGGACUAAGGUGAGUCAACAGGUGUUCCGACCACGUACGCCUCCGGAGGCCAUCGCCUUGUGCUCCCGCCUGCUGGAGUACACGCCCACGGCCCGCCUAACACCCCUAGAGGCAUGCGCACACUCAUUCUUUGACGAGCUGCGCGACCCCAGCAUCAAACUGCCCAACGGGCGAGAGAAGCCCUCGCUCUUCAACUUCACUACCCAGGAACUAUCUAGUAAUCCUUCUUUGGCCUCCAUACUCAUCCCUGCCCACGCCCGCAGCCAGGCUGCCGCCUCUACCCCAACCAAUGCAUCUGCCACCACAGAUGGCAGCAGCACAGAGCGAGGUCCCACCACCACCACCGCCUCUGCCUCAGCUUCCAACUCCACCUCCUGAGCCCACAGAGCACCUGCCCCGCCCCGGUCUCAGCCCCAGCCCUCAGCCUCUCCAUUGCCCUGGCCAGGGGGUGAGCUCUGCUCAGCUCAGCUCUGCCCUGCUCCUCUUCCCCGGCAGCAGCGGAGCGAUGCUGAAGCAGGCCGGGUUCGACAGCUAACUGACCACAAACCUAGCAUCCCCAGUCUGCCUCUCUUAUCCCCAAACCCGGCCUCAACAUAAAGCUGUUUGAACUCUUCUCCAUCCUCCGUCAAAGAUGCCUCUCCGUGCCCUCUCGACAGGGAAGUGAAGCGCAGGGCCGAAGAUGUUAUCGACUGUACUGUUGAUUUAAAAAGUACACUGUACACGUAUACACAAUGCUAGCCUGCUAAGAGGACAAUCUGUAGAAAAGUCCUGAGCUCUCCCCCUUUUUUGCCCUUUCUCUAUCUGGCCUCCCUCUCCAUUGUUCCAUUUUUCUGCAUCCUUUGACCUCUGACCCCUCCGUCCCCUGGCCAACCCCUCCUCCUCGAAAAAAACAAAAACGAGCCCCGCCCCCCUUUUGGUUCUUUCUGUAGUGCAUGGCCUGAGUAUGGUAGGAUCACCUGGGGGCCACCAAGCCCUCUCACAUCCACUUCCGCAGACAAGGCAUGAGGCUCACGCACGCGUAUACACACACACAGACACACACCUACACCCUCAAACACACACAUCCUCACACACAUGGAUGCAUGAUGAUCCUGGUGUAUGUGGGAAGAAACAGCCCUCUUUGGGAGGACAUGUUUGGACAGUGUUGUUUUUUUGUUUUUUUUCUUUGCCUGGGGUUAUUUUUAAAAAUGGUUGGCGAUCUGUUUUAUUCAACUUUGUUUUUAAUUAUUUUCUUUUUUGUUGUUUUUUUUUUUGUACUCCUGGGCAGACGUCUUUUGGAUUGCCACGUGUGAUGGAUGUGACAUGUAUCUGGUCCUGUGUGCUUGUAUAAUAUAUACAUACAAUACAAAACAGACAUGCAUACACACACAGUUUAUAUAUUACUUUUCCUUAUGUAUAAAAAGUAUAUAUAGAUAUAUGUAUAUUAACUACAAUGGUUCAGAAAUCAUUUAUGGUGAGCUCAUAUCUGGCAGAGCAGUGGCAAUAUUUGCCGCUGCCUAAAGACAAUAGAUUUAGAUAAGGUGGUGUUUUGUUAUUAUUUUAUUUCUGUUUUUGUUGUUGUUCUCUUCUUUGCUGGAGUGUGGUUAGAUUCCAGCAGCCACUUCCCUGUGUCGUCUGUAUUAAGGCUGUAGAUGGAUUUAGGGCAUCGCUCUAUUCCCCGUCUUUGUACUGGCUCUGUCUGUAACAGUGUUUCUGUGACAGUGCAGCGUCUAGACAAACGUGUCCCCCACCCUUUUCCCUCUCUCCCUCUCUCUUUCUCUCGCCGUUUCUGUGAAGAAUUCGAGGUUGGUUUUCACGCUCGACUCUCGGCCCGCGGUCUUCGGCGCACCACCGGCUGCCUCGUGCGCUGCGACCACCGACCGGAGCGCCCCUUUCUUUUUGUCCCCCUCCACCCCCGCAGCACAUAGAGCCACUCGGUACAGUCUGACGAAUCGUCUUAUUUACGGAGAAUACUCACUACAUUUAAACAAAAAAAUUAAAAAGAUAAAACCAACAAAAAAAAAAAUUCAGAAAACAAAAAAAAAUCACACACACACACAAGAAAGAAAAACUGAAUUUGUACAUACAGUAUAAAUGCUCCUCACCAAAAUUCUGACUUGUAUGACUUGUAUGUUGUUUUUUUUUAUGUUGUUAUGUUGAUUUUUUUUUUUCUUCCAUGUUGUGUUCAAGGUAUGUAUAUAUGCAGACCCAUGUACUGUUUAUGAGCAAAAACAAAGAUGACAAAGGGUGAGGGAACGGAUGAAAAAGAUUCAAAAACAAACAAAAAAAUGAAACAAAAAACAAAAAAAAACAGAAUCAGGGCAAAACUGAUGUUGUGUAUGGAUAUUGUAGAUGACGACGACGAUGAUCAGCUUUAUCCAGCCAUAUGUUCAAUCUUACCUGUACAGUACAGUAGAUUACAGCUGUAUUAUUGUAACAAGAACUAGUCAUGUAUAGUGUAACUAUAGUUUGGAGUGCCUUUGCUUUCAUACACCUUCGCCUUGUUUCCACCCUCACCCAGCCCACGCCAUCAACCCCCCCACCCCCACUGUCACCGCCCCCCUCUGAUAUUGUGACUCUCCCUUUUGGUGCUGUUGAAUGUCCUGCUGUCCGCGUGCUCACUCACGCGCCCCCUCUUCCACCCGAUGCACAUCCUCUCCCUCCUGCUCUUUUCAUUGCACACUAAAUGUAAUAUACAGACAUUGUUAAUUGUAAGGAUAUUUUUUCUUUAACUGAAGAUAUAGUAGACAGGUGUUUAUUUUAAUAGAUGUUUUAUCUUGGGGGGCACACACACACACACGCAUACAUACACGUGUACUGCAGUCCUGGCACAGAUUUGGGGUAUGAAGUGGGUGGGUGGUGUGCUGUGGACGGCAGCAGGGUUUUAAACAAAAAAAAAAAUCAAACAAAAAAAAAAGGCCUCAUAUAUUAUAUUCGAUACAGUGCAGUUUCUGUAUUACUCGCAGUGUUGGUUCUGUUACCAAAGCCAAACCAUCAUGUUGUGAUGAGCCAUCCUCAGAGGCAAUAACUCUUCUUCUUCUCUUCUCUUUGGAUGUUUCGUUGUUUCUCCUCCUGCUCUUGAGUAUUCAGGGGGGUGAAAUUCAGUAGCACCUAAGGGGUCAAGUCAUGUAGCCUUUCUCCUGUCUCUCCCGCUUGCUGUAAUUUUGCAUUCAUGAACGUGUUGCUACCCUCCACCAGAAGGUUGGACCACUUCACCCCUGCCCUCUUACUCCAGUUCAAUUAAAGCACCACAAUGGCUACCAAAAAAAGAAUAAAAGUGUAUAAGCUAGUAUAAUAUCUUAUACUGACAUAUACACUAGUGUCAUGCUGACUGGGUUAAACUGGGGUAAUAGAAAAGAAGAAUCUUAAGAAAAUACUACAAAAACAUCCUGUAUAACAGUACUACUACUUGAAUGCCUCUGUUUGUGACUGAAAUUUCGAUUUCUUUUUUUGUUUGUUUGUUUGUUUUUGUUUGUUUGUUUUUUCCUUUUGUUCUGUGAAGGUAUGCUAAAUGUGCGCCUCUGUAAAUAUUCCCUCUGCGUGCUCCGAGGAAUAGUUCCCUGGUACUGUAAUUUGCAUUAAAUAAAGAGUAGGAUAGCCUGGAAAUGAUCAUGAAA